AUGCGUACACGAAUAGCCAACUCGACGGUCCCAGCAUUGCGUAGCGUGUACUCGACCUUUACCAGGAGCUCGCCUUGGAGCCGCCGGUCAUGUCUGGUUUACAGUAGUCACAGGCGAUCCAUCUCGACCAAACCUGCGCCCGAGAAGCCCUACUACAUCACUACACCCAUCUUCUACGUCAACGCUGCCCCUCAUGUCGGCCACUUGUAUACCAUGGUCCUUACGGAUAUUAUCAAGCGAUGGAACGUGCUCAGAGGGAAGAAGGCGAUCAUGUGCACCGGCACAGAUGAGCAUGGAUUGAAGGUCCAACGAGCAGCUGCCAAAGCUGGCGUUGAUCCUAAAUCUUUCUGCGACAAAGGUGCAGAUAUCUUCCGAGACCUUGCGCUCAAGGCGGAAAUCUCCAACGACCACUUCGUACGAACAACGGACCAAGACCACAAAGAUGCUGUACAAUAUGCUUGGUUCUUGUUACAAGAGAAGGGCCUCAUCUACGAGCAGAAACACGAAGGAUGGUACUCAGUCACCGACGAGUGCUUCUAUCCGCAGUCAGGUGUACAGCCAUGGAUUGAACCAUCUACGGGAAGAAAGAUCAUGACGUCCAUCGAGACAGGCAGUGAAGUCGAAUGGUCCUCCGAAGAGAACUAUCACUUCCGCCUCUCUGCUUUCCGUGAGCCGCUUCUCGAAUUCUACAAGGCCAACCCGGAGUGGAUAGCGCCAGAACACCGCAUGAAGGAGGUUGUGCAGGCUGUGGAGUCCGGCCUUGAAGACCUGUCGAUAUCUCGUCCUUACGACCGUCUCACCUGGGGUAUCCGAGUCCCUGACGAUGACUCGCAGACCAUCUACGUCUGGCUUGACGCUCUUAUGAACUACGCGACCAAGGCGGGCUAUCCUUUCACGCCAGGCAAAGAACGAGACGGAGGCUGGCCCGCUGACUGCCACGUCAUUGGAAAGGACAUAGUUCGCUUUCAUUGCAUCUACUGGCCGGCAUUUCUCAUGGCACUUGGCCUCCCUCUUCCCAAAAAGAUCUUGACACACGCCCAUUGGACCCUUGGAGGCGCGAAGAUGUCAAAGUCGACCGGGCGGGUUGUGGAUCCUUUCCACGCCUUGGACCGAUACGGACCGGAUGUCAUGCGAUUCUACAUGGCUCACGAUGGCGGCAUACAAGACGACUCGAGCUACGACAACGUCCACAUUAUUCGACUGUACAACAAGUUCUUGAACCAGCAGCUAGGGAAUCUCGCGUCUCGCAUAACCAGAGGCAAGAAAUGGAGCGUCCGCGGCGCAGUCGAACGCAUCGGCAGUGCACCAGCAGAGUACUGGUCCGAGGGACCUGGAUCAAGCUUUUGGACCAAUUCUCUGAGCACCGUCGCAUCCAAGGUCGAUGGCUCGUUCGACAUCUACGACCCCCGGAAGGCAUUGUUCCAGGUAACAGAAUUCGUACGAGGAGCAAACGCGUUCUUCCAAAUGUCGAAACCAUGGGAUAACAUAAUCGAGUUUGCUCCUGGCGAGCCCGGGGAAGAUGUUGACCGUACCAUUUACCUUGGCGCCGAGGCUUUGCGCAUGACUGGCAUCUUGCUCCAACCUUACAUGCCGAACAAGGCAAAGAAACUGCUGGACCAGCUUGGUGUCCAGGAGGACAGAAGAACCCUGGCUUAUUGUCAACCUGGCGCUGAUCUUGAUUAUGGUACACCCAUGAUCACACUAGGAUCGAAGCAUGAGGGCGUUCUUUUCCCUCCUCUGGCAAGUGAAGAGUAA